UGUAGCUGCAGACGUCGCGGUGCCUUAUUUCUCUGUCACGCGUACAUGGUACGUUUAUCACAACGAAGCUCCGACAGCGGUUAACUGUCGCCGCCUCCUUUCAGCACAUGAACGCGGCACGACGAGUCCUGAAUCGCUGCAAGGUUGCAUUUCAGUCCGACAACGUAAACGGCCAGCGGAGGUUCUGCACUUCACAGCAUACGAUGACCUCCCGGCACACGCACGCCAAGAGAAUCGAGGGGCUGGACAAGAAUGUCUGGGUGUCAUUCACUUCCCUGGCAGCUGACCCGUCCGUCGUCAACCUGGGCCAAGGAUUUCCAGACAUCCCUCCCCCGUCGUACGUCAAGGAGGCGCUAGCGCAGGCGGCAUCGGUCGACAAGAUGAACCAGUACACCCGGGGCUUUGGUCAUCCGUCUCUGGUGAAAGCGCUCUCUCAGGUUUAUGGGAAGGUCUACGAGCGUCAGAUAGACCCCCUCAAAGAAAUCCUGGUCACAGUGGGAGGCUACGGUUCCCUCUUCAGCACCAUGCAAGCCCUGGUGGAACAUGGAGACGAGGUCAUCAUAAUAGAGCCGUUCUUUGACUGCUACGUACCGAUGGUGCGAAUGGCCGGGGCCAAGCCUGUGUUGAUACCGCUGCGCCUCAAGUCUGGAAAAAAGACGGGCACAAGUGCCGACUGGUUUCUGGACCCGGAUGAGCUUUCCAGUAAAUUCAGCUCUAAGACCAAGGCCAUCAUCAUCAACACCCCCAACAAUCCUAUCGGGAAGGUGUUCACCAGAGACGAGCUGCAGACCAUCGCUGACCUCUGUGUGAAACACGACACCCUGUGCUUCAGCGAUGAGGUGUACGAGUGGAUCGUCUACCGGGGACACCGACACACCAAAAUAGCCACUCUGCCGGGAAUGUGGGACCGAACGAUCACAAUCGGCAGUGCGGGGAAAACAUUCAGCGUUACCGGCUGGAAGCUGGGUUGGUCCAUCGGACCGGAGCACCUGAUGAGGCACCUCCAGACGGUCAUGCAGAACACUCUCUACACCUGCCCGACACCUUUACAGGCAGCCGUGGCUCAAGGCAUGCAGCAUAACUUUGAGCUGAUGGGUCGGCCCGAGUGCUACUUCUCGUCGCUGGCGGAAGAACUCGAGGGCAAGAGGGACCGCAUGGCCGCCAUCCUGCGGGAGGCCGGCAUGUCGCCCGUCAUUCCCGAGGGAGGCUACUUCAUGCUGGUGGACGUCACGCCGCUCAAUCAGGACCUGUCGCAUAUGGUCGAAGACGAGGCCUACGACUACAAGUUUGUGAAGUGGAUGAUUAAAGAAAAGAAACUGGCGGCCAUUCCUGUCACAGCGUUUGUCGGAGAGGAGUCCAAGAAGCAGUUUGAGAAAUACAUUCGCUUUUGCUUCAUUAAGCAAGACAGUACUCUCGACGCAGCGGAGGCCAUCCUGAAAAACUGGAAGAAGAUUUAACGGGACGUGGCGUCUCAGGACGGAGCGAAACGGGAGCGAACUGUAUUAUCUCACACAGGAAGUUGGUAAAAUGCCAAAAGUGAAACGGCGACUAGCGCCUCGUGUUCCAGUGAGAGGUCCUCGGCCGACGGGUUCAUUAAAGGAAAAGUGUUAAACUAAGAGGGCGUGUUGAAGUUUGGAAGUCGGAUUGGACCCAUCUGCUAUAUCUGGUGCUCUUUAUGUCCAAUAAAAAAUGUCAAGCACUUAAAUGAUACCUUCAGGUAAUCAAACUAAACUUUAACAUACAUCCCCAGUCUGUAUAGAUAGCAAUAAGAAUAGAAUAUACACUUUUAGGUUGUUGUGCACUUAUCAGCAUUUGUUUAUGCACGGAAAACAUCGAGACGAUGCUCUUUUCCAUUAGUAAACACUUUCUUUAUAAUAUACUAUUCUUCAAAAAGAGAAUCAUGUGGUCCUGAUGAGCGCAGCAGACGUGGACUCGAUGGAUGGGGUUGCUUUCUGAUGUCACUGACUAAAUGGAGGAAGUCGGCAUGUUAACCAGCACGAGUCUCUCCACCCCGCGGUUCUGUUGACUUAAAUCACUUUAAUUAAUAAAUCCUGUCCUUUGCGCUCUGCAGUG